CAUGAAUGAAAUAUAAAAGAAUGUUCACGGCUGCAGGCAGCAUCGUGAGGGGAGGCGAUGGCCGUUUCAUCAAAGCCUUUGCGGUGAAUCUUGGGGGAGGUUCCAUUACCCGUGCAGAGCUUGCUGGUAUUGUGCAUGGUCUAAGACUCACCUGGGAAACUGGAGCUAGGAAGGUUCUCCUACAAACAGACUCAGCAGCAGCUAUGAGCAUCAUCGAGAAAGCAACACACCAUCAUCCACACUUCACAGCGGUUGCGGAAAUCAAAAGCUGGUUAAGUAAAGACUGGCAACACGUCUACAGAGAAGCCAAUGUUGUGGCAGAUCAUCUUGCUUCCAUAGGUCAUAUUUGGCCUAUUGGUUUACAUGUUUUUGAUAACCCGGACAGUACUUUAGCCUACUGGUUGUAUUAUGAUAUCAUUGGGGUUCAAACCCCUCGUGCAGUUCAUGAAUAAAGGUUGAAGCGCCCUUUAAGCGCUCCGUUUCACACAAAAAAAAUGUCAUGGUCAGAGAUAUAUAUAGUUACCUAAGUAGCUUGUUCGGAUCACAAAUUAGGAGUGGAAGUUUAGAUUGGGUGCUAAUAGCUCUUCUUUCUUAUAUAGGUGUAGUUGUUUGACAUAUUAUCUCUUUCCAGAGGAACUCCUGCUUUUGGCUACGCAUUAUACUUAACACUUAACCAUACAUCCAACACACUAAUUCUUGUGAUUAAAAAAAAGUUAUUAUUUUCUCUUAACUACAUUCCUUUACUUAACUUAAUAACAUUUUGAUAACAAA